AUGAUAUUCACUGUAGUAUUGACUCUUUUUCUAAUCAUCUACACUUCCGCUACCAUCGUGGAUGAUUUAUCUUGUUCUAGCCAGGGAAAAUAUCUGUACACUGCAACGGCUUGUUCGAAUUCCUUACCAGAUGAAAUUUGCGAAUCCAUGUACCCAGAAACAUCUCAAGGAUCUGGAUUUCCUGCUUUUGGAAAUUCAGCGGCCAGACCGUUCUUAUGCUAUGGUGCAACUGAAAUCGGAGGACCAGAAAGUCAAGAACUCAAAAAAUCGGCAAUUAAAAAUUGUGCGAAAACUUGUGGAUUUUGCUGCCUGACGCCAGAAUUCGAGUGUAAAAAUUCAUUGUUCCCCCGUAUCAACUGUGACCUCCUGACACCUGAUCACUGUCUCUCUCCAAUUUUCCACGACUACAUUGCUCAGGAUUGUCCGAAUUACUGUGGAUUCUGUGGACAAGGUGCAACUACACGUAUGCCAACUGUAAUAGAAGAUCCAUUGAACCCUUGUUGGAAUCCGGAUACUUCUGCUUCUUGUGCCACGUGGAAGGAAAAGGGAUACUGUACAAGUGAAUUGUAUACAAAAGAGCAAAAGAAACAAUACUGCGCAACGACUUGUAGAAUUUGUUGA